CGGGUUGCGAGUUCAGAAUUUGAGCUCCUGUCAGUCAGUCAAUCGGAAAGGAUCCUGUCGGGUAACUUACCUGCAUCGCAUCCCCCAACCCCGUCUUUCCAGGGAAGGGAAGGGGAGGCGAAGCGGAGCCCCGAUCCCUUCCUCUCCCCCAAUGGGGCAGAAACGACAACGGCAGCGCAAUAAGGGAGCCGGAGCCUGAGUGACCCCGCGUCCCUUCUGGGCCCGCCCAGUCUGAGCCUCUCGGCUCGGGCUCCGGCCCGGCCCGGCCGCCGCCAUGGGAGACCCCGCCCCGGCCCGAAGCCUGGACGACAUCGACCUGUCCGCCUUGCGGGAUCCUGCAGGGAUCUUUGAGCUGGUAGAAGUGGUCGGCAAUGGGACCUAUGGACAAGUGUAUAAGGGUCGUCAUGUGAAGACAGGGCAGCUGGCUGCCAUCAAGGUCAUGGAUGUCACAGAGGAUGAAGAGGAAGAGAUCAAACAAGAAAUCAAUAUGCUGAAAAAAUAUUCCCACCACCGCAACAUUGCAACAUACUAUGGAGCCUUUGUCAAAAAAAGCCCCCCUGGAAAUGAUGACCAGCUCUGGCUGGUUAUGGAGUUCUGUGGUGCUGGUUCUGUGACAGAUCUGGUGAAGAACACUAAAGGAAAUGCUCUGAAGGAAGAUUGUAUCGCCUACAUUUGCAGGGAGAUCCUCAGGGGGCUGGCCCACCUCCAUGCCCACAAAGUGAUCCAUCGAGAUAUCAAAGGCCAAAAUGUGCUGCUGACAGAGAAUGCGGAGGUUAAGCUAGUGGACUUUGGGGUGAGUGCCCAGCUGGAUCGAACAGUGGGCAGGCGGAAUACAUUCAUUGGUACCCCCUACUGGAUGGCCCCAGAGGUUAUCGCCUGUGAUGAGAAUCCUGAUGCCACCUAUGACUACAGGAGUGACAUAUGGUCUCUAGGAAUCACAGCUAUUGAGAUGGCAGAAGGAGCCCCCCCUCUGUGUGACAUGCACCCCAUGCGUGCCCUCUUCCUCAUCCCUCGGAACCCCCCGCCGAAGCUGAAGUCUAAGAAAUGGUCUAAGAAAUUCAUUGACUUCAUUGAUACAUGUCUCAUCAAAACAUACCUGAGCCGCCCACCCACUGAACAGCUUCUCAAAUUCCCUUUCAUCCGUGACCAGCCCACAGAGCGACAGGUCCGAAUUCAGCUUAAGGACCACAUUGACCGUUCUCGAAAGAAAAGGGGCGAGAAGGAGGAGACAGAAUAUGAGUACAGUGGCAGCGAAGAGGAAGAUGACAGCCACGGAGAGGAAGGAGAACCAAGCUCAAUCAUGAAUGUGCCUGGUGAAUCAACGCUCCGACGAGAAUUCCUCCGUCUUCAGCAGGAAAACAAGAGCAACUCGGAGGCCCUGAAACAGCAGCAGCAGCAGCAGCAGCAACAGCAACAGCAGCUACAGCGUGACCCAGAAGCUCACAUCAAGCACCUCCUGCACCAAAGGCAACAGCGGAUUGAGGAGCAGAAGGAAGAGCGGCGUCGUGUUGAGGAGCAACAACGCCGAGAUCGGGAGCAGCGAAAGCUGCAGGAGAAGAAGGAGCAGCAGCGACUGGAGGACAUGCAAGCCCUUCGAAGGGAGGAGGAACGCCGUCAGGCAGAGCGAGAACAGGAAUACAAGCGAAAACAACUGGAGGAACAGCGACAGUCAGAGCGGCUUCAGAGGCAGCUGCAGCAGGAGCAUGCCUAUCUCAAGUCCCUGCAGCAGCAACAGCUUCAGAAGCAGCAGCAGCCACCGGCACCAGGAGACAAAAAACCCCUGUACCACUAUAGCCGGGGUGCUAACCCUGCUGACAAGCCGGCCUGGGCCCGAGAGGUAGAGGAGAGGACAAGAAUGAACAAACAACAGAAUUCACCCCUGGCCAAGUCUAAGCCAAACAGCACAGGACCAGAUCCCAGUCCCCCACAAGCCCCUGUUGGGCCUUCUGGACCCCUUUCCCCAACCCCACCUAUGCAGAGGCCUGUGGAGCCCCAGGAAGGACCACACAAAAGCCUUGUUGCACAUCGGGUCCCACUGAAGCCAUAUGCAGCACCUGUGCCCCGUUCUCAAUCCCUACAAGAUCAACCCACCAGAAACCUGGCUGCCUUCCCUGCUGCUCAUGACCCCGACCCCACUGCCCCCCCACCCACUGCUACUCCCGCCUCUCGUGGAGCCAUCAUCCGACAAAAUUCAGACCCUACCUCUGAGAGUCCUGGCCCCACACCAGCCCCCCCACCUUGGAAUCGAGCAGACAGUGAGACCCCACCUAAGGUUCCCCAGAGGACCUCAUCCAUUGCUGUUGCCCUUAACACCAGUGGAGCUGGAGGUUCCCGGCCAGCACAACCUGUCUGUGCCAGACCUCGAAGCAACUCCGCCUGGCAAACCUACCUGCAAACUCAGGCAGAGUGGGUGACCCCUGGGCCUCCAGGGCCCCCUACUCAACCCCCCAGCCCACCCAGCACCAAUAGUAACCCAGACCUUCGAAGGAGUGAGCCAGGCUGGGAACGUGGAGAUAGCAUCCUUCAGUCCCAUGGCCACCUGCCACAGGCUGGCUCACUAGAGCGAAACCGAGUAGGAGCAUCCUCCAAGCUGGACAAUUCUCCCAUCCUGUCCCCAGGGAACAAAGUCAGACCUGAUGACCAUCGCUCUAGGCCUGGCCGGCCUGCAAGCUAUAAGCGGGCAAUCGGCGAGGACUUUGUGCUGCUAAAGGAGCGAAUGGCAGAUGAGGCCCCCCGGCCUCCCAAGAAAGCCAUGGACUACUCAUCUUCUAGUGAGGAGGUGGAGAGCAGUGAUGAUGAUGAAGAGGAAGGAGAUGGGGAGCACUCUGAGGAGAGCAGGGACACUCCUGGAAUUCGUGAUGGAGACACUGAUAGUAUCAGCACCAUGGUUGUCCAUGAUGUUGAAGAAUUGUCUGGGACCCAGACCCCCUAUGGAGGAGGUACCAUGGUGGUCCAGCGGACUCCUGAGGAGGAGCGAGGACUACUACACAGCGACAGCAAUGGCUACACUAACCUGCCUGAUGUGGUCCAGCCCAGCCAUUCACCCACUGAGAGUGGCAAAGGCCAGGGCUCCCCAGCUAAAGAUGGAAGCAGUGAUUACCAAUCUCGUGGCCUGGUGAAGGCCCCAGGCAAGAGCUCCUUCACUAUGUUUGUGGAUCUAGGAAUUUACCAGCCAGGAGGCAGUGGGGACACUAUCCCUAUUACAGCCCUGGUGGGUAGAGAGGGUGGGCGGCUGGAGCAGUUGCAGUAUGAGGUUCGAAAAGGCUCUGUGGUCAAUGUGAACCCCACUAAUACUCGGCCCCACAGUGACACCCCUGAAAUUCGAAAGUAUAAGAAACGAUUUAACUCAGAGAUCCUCUGUGCUGCCCUGUGGGGUGUGAACCUGCUGGUAGGCACAGAGAACGGAUUGAUGUUGCUGGAUCGAAGUGGGCAGGGGAAAGUGUACGGGCUCAUCGGACGGAGACGUUUCCAGCAAAUGGAUGUCCUGGAAGGACUUAACCUGCUCAUCACCAUCUCAGGGAAAAGGAAUAAGCUUCGUGUUUACUAUCUAUCCUGGCUCCGGAACAAGAUCUUACACAAUGACCCAGAGGUGGAGAAGAAACAGGGAUGGACUACUGUGGGGGACAUGGAGGGCUGUGGGCACUACCGAGUUGUGAAAUACGAACGCAUUAAGUUCCUGGUAAUUGCCCUGAAGAACUCAGUGGAGGUGUAUGCUUGGGCCCCCAAGCCCUACCAUAAAUUCAUGGCUUUCAAGUCCUUUGCUGACCUCCCUCACCGGCCACUGCUGGUUGACCUGACGGUGGAGGAGGGGCAGCGGCUCAAGGUCAUCUAUGGCUCUAGUGCUGGCUUCCAUGCUGUUGAUGUGGACUCAGGGAACAGCUACGAUAUCUACAUCCCAGUGCAUAUCCAGAGCCAGAUAACCCCUCAUGCCAUCAUCUUCCUUCCAAAUGCUGAAGGCAUGGAGAUGCUUCUUUGCUAUGAGGAUGAGGGUGUGUAUGUUAAUACCUAUGGCCGGAUCAUCAAGGAUGUGGUGUUGCAGUGGGGAGAGAUGCCUACCUCUGUAGCCUACAUCUGCUCCAACCAAAUCAUGGGCUGGGGUGAGAAGGCCAUUGAGAUCCGCUCCGUGGAAACAGGGCACUUGGAUGGAGUCUUCAUGCACAAGCGAGCACAGAGACUCAAAUUCCUGUGUGAGAGGAAUGACAAGGUGUUCUUUGCCUCAGUUCGCUCUGGAGGUAGCAGCCAAGUUUACUUCAUGACUCUGAACCGUAACUGCAUCAUGAACUGGUGAUGGGGACCCCAGGCUGAGUUAGGGGUAGGUGAGGGUAUAUAUCCACACUGGACGUAUAACCUACAUCUCACCCCCCUCGCCCCCAACAACAACAAAAAGCCAGGCUUCCCAGGCCUCUCCCUCCCUACCCUCCCUGGGCUUUUGCUUUUUUUAGUUUGAUUCACUGGAGCCUGCUGGGAACGUGACCUAUGACCCCUGAAGCUUUUUGUGAUCCCGUGACCUCCCUUUUCCUGCUCUCUCAAAAUGUUUUCUCUAAAAAAACUGUGCCUGCCCACCCCCCACCUGUGGGUAGAGGUACAGCUCCCUCCCACCAGAAAUUAUUUGGGAACCAGCCCCUUUCCCCCCUGUUUCUCCCCCACCAAAGAGGAAAGUGCUUGGGGAUGCCUCCCUUCAUUCUGCUGCUACUGUCUAGGGCAGAGUCCCAGGGCCCCUUUUUUUGCACGCCAGGGGGACUGACUCCCCCAAUGAAUGUACCAGACCCUGGGGGGGUGGCAUAGAGAUGGGGGUCACCAGUCACUCCAGGGGAAGGGGGGAGAUGGUCCAUGAGGACCAUUUCCCCAUCACUCUCUGAAAGCACUUUAAUCAUCUCCCCCCCCUCUAGGGAAUGGGGAGGGGGGCUGUCAGCCAAAAUAUUCCUCCCCCUUUCCAAUAUUAUCCCUUCUUUCCUCUCCUCCAAUGCUCUUCCUUGAUGGGGGGGGGGCAUGGGGCUGGCUACUGCUCUCAUCUAACCCACCAUCCCCACCUUGCUUGCAUUUGUAUAUAGUGUGAGCAGCAAGUAGCCCCCUUCACCUUAUUCACUGCCCCCAAUCUCAAUGUAGUGGCCUUGGAAACCUCAUUUGUUAAUAAAGACAGAAUUCAACCAG